AUGUUUGGCUUCUACACCACAGAUGGAGGACAUUCGUUUAUCCUGUCUGUAGUGUUUUUGGGAGCCCCAGCUCCAGUCAUCUGGUCUGCCAACCCCGAUAAUCCAGUAACCCGCAACGCCAUCUUGAAUUUCACCAGUGAAGGAGACUUGCUCCUACAUGAAGCUGAUGGCGCAAUAAUAUGGACCACAGAUACAAACAGCUUGUCAGUUGCAGGCAUGAGACUGGAUGAUUUAGGAAACCUUGUGCUCUUCGAUCAGAAUAACACCACUGUGUGGCAGUCCUUCGACCAUCCAACUGACACUUUGGUCUUGGGGCAAUCACUUUGCAGGGGAAAUAACCUCAGUGCAAAAACCUCAAGCACAAAAUGGCCAGCAGCCUACACACAGUUAUUCCAAGCUACUACAACAUCAACCAACGCAACACAAACUUGUUAUGCAUUUGUCAAUGGCAGCUUUGGGUUCCCAUAUAAGAUCUUCUCAAUACCGUUAGCAGGAUCAGUGCAGUUGAUGAGGUUAGAGUCCGAUGGGCAUUUGAGGGUUUAUGAGAUGGGGAUAUCUUACCCAGAUGGGUUUGAUGUACUAAGCAAUUUCAUGAACUUUUGCGACUACCCAUUGGCCUGUGGUGACUUUGGUGUUUGCAGUAAUGGACAAUGUUCUUGUCCUAGUUCCAACUAUUUUAGGCUCCAAAAUGAACGGCAUCCAGAUGCUGGGUGCAUACCCUUAGCAAGCAUCUCCUGCGACGAUAUGCAUGACCACAAGCUGAUACCACUCAACAAUGUCUCUUACUUCAGUUACACCACGUUCCAGUCAUUAGCCACUCGAGUCAGCUCUGAAGGGAUACCAAAGCGUUUCUCCUUUCAUGAGUUGAAGGUCGCUACCAGCAACUUCUCUAUGAAGCUUGGAGCUGGUGGUUUUGGGUCGGUUUUCAAAGGCACAAUAGGCAAGGAAACCAUUGCUGUGAAGCGCUUAGAGGGUGUCAAUCAAGGAAUGGAAGAGUUCUUAGCAGAGGUCAAGACAAUUGGCAGAAUCCAUCAGCUGAACCUAGUCAGGUUGGUAGGAUUCUGUGCUGAGAAAUCACAUAGGCUCCUUGUCUAUGAGUACUUGUCCAAUGGCUCAUUGGAUAAUUGGAUCUUUCAUACGAGUUUAGUUUUCACUCUUUCUUGGAAAACCAGACGUAAUGUCAUGUUGGCCAUUGCUAGGGGUUUGUCUUACCUCCAUGAAGAAUGUGAAGAAAAGAUUGCUCAUUUACAUAUCAAGCCACAGAAUAUUCUCCUGGAUAACAAAUUCAAUGCAAAGCUCUCAGAUUUCGGACUCUCGAAAAUGAUCAGCAGGGACCAGAGCAAAGUUAUGACUCGAAUGCGAGGAACCCGUGGAUAUCUAGCACCUGAGUGGCUGGGAUCAACAAUCACUGAAAAAGCAGACAUCUACAGUUUUGGGAUCGUGAUGAUCGAGAAAAUCUGUGGUCGCCAAAACCUGGAUGAAUCCCAGCCAGAGCAGAGCAUCCACUUGAUAAGUCUGCUCCAGGAAAAGGCAAAGUCUGGCCAGCUAUUUGAUUUGGUGGACAGUAGCAGCGAUGACAUGAAAUCCAAUGUCGAGGAGAUCAUGCAAACGAUGAAGCUUGCAUUGUGGUGCUUGCAGGUUGAUAGCAGCAGAAGGCCCUUGAUGUCAACAGUUGCCAAGGUGCUGGAAGGAGCGGUGAGCAUGGAGGCCACACCUGACUGCAUUUUUGUCCCCAGUUUUGCAUCAAUUAAUACUGAUGUGGCAGGAUCAAUUUCCUCCUAUGUAUCAUCUGAGUCGCAAUUAUCAGGGCCUAGGUGA